AUGGCGGCCGAUUUACCUCUUUACACAGCAGAGGCCAAUGCAGCCGGUAGACGACCGCGUAACAAACGGUUCUUGCUCGGUCUCGCUCUCAGUGCUCUCUUCUUCCUCCUCUUUCUCAAUUUCCGACUCGAUUCCAGCCCAGACCACUCAGAACUAAGUAUAUCCGAUCCCAAGCUAACAUCAACACCACCCAAAGACUCGAUCCCUCAAGAAUCAAAACCCGAAACAAACGUCAAGUCUCCAAACAAUAUCGUGAAAGAAGAACCGGUCAACCCGGCGCCUGAGAUUGGUGUUCCCGGUACCGUGACAUCCCCUCACUCUAAUCAUCACAAUGCUCUUCCCCAUCCUUUUGACGAAGAUGCCAACGACAACAUUGUUAUCAAUAACUCGAGCCAUUACCCUUAUUUGGUAAUCAUCGCUUCGGAAGCACAACACAUGAGCCGACGUGCCUUGAUUCGAGAAAAGUACUUUGGCAUGCGAGAUAAUCUGCUACCUUGCAUGCAUUUCAAUGCCAAUGUCUUGUACAAAUUCUGGAUUCACGGAGGCGUGCCGAAACCGGAUACCCCGCUGCGACGUGCUUACGAAGCAGAGAAAAUGGAAUGGAAUGAUUUGGUGGAGCUGCCAAGAAGUACCGCCUUUGAACAAGUGACCGUCCUCGAAUGGGCUGAAACGGCUUUGGCUGAUCAAGGCAUUACCUAUGAUUACUUGAUUGUGCAAGAUAUCCACACAUUCAUGCAGCUGGCGACUAUCAAGCAGGAACUUGAUAGCGGGGUGAUCAGCGAAAAGACCGAAUCACCCUUCACACUCAGUGCGGACGCGCCCACCAACUUUGUCUGGGGAACCUUCAGCGGUCAACCAAAGGAUAAGCAUGCUUUUGUUAUCGGCGCUACGGCCGUGAAAUUGGCGUUGGAAAAGCGAGCAGAAAUUCAAGCCUUUGGUACGCCUUCCGGUCACCUGCUGACGAACAUGUACCAGUAUUACCGCGCCAAUGCUGCCAAAUUGGAAAAGGAUGUGGACAAGUCCUUCUCUCCUGAAGAAGCAGCCGAGGUGCAAGAGCACGUUAUUCCCGAAUUCAUCCGCGAAGACAGAGCAGAAGACACCCACCGAUUCAUCCGGUGGGAAAAUAAUGUGGAAUCGGUGCAUGCCGAGGAUAUCGUCAUUACCCAUCUUUAUCAGGAUUCCGAAUUCAGAGAUGUGGCUUCUUGGACCCAUUUAUCCAGUACACCCGUGUGUUACCGUCCCAAAUCCGCAUUCGCCGAUGGUCAGCCCGCUUUGGACCCACUCGACGAUGAUGAAGAUACCGCCGAUUCCGCUGACUCGGAGGACGGCGAUGCUGUCGCUUUACCCCAGCCCCACUUGGACAUUGAUGGUCCUUCUAUCGCUGUUGUCACAUCAUCCUUCAUUUACGAUCGCUGCAUGGAACCCUCUGCUACUUUGGCGGCAAAGAACAAGCGUGAUUAUGCUCUGAAACACGGCUACUCUUUUGUAGCUCGCUCUUCGGAAUUUGCUCUCGAACGUGAGCGAGGUGAACGUAAGACGGUGUGGGGCAAGAUUGAUGUCAUUGAAAAAGUGCUUCCAAAGUAUGACUGGGUCUUUUGGAUGGAUAUGGACGCGGUGAUUAUGAACCAAGACCGUUCGCUCGCAGAAAUCUUUGACAAUGUACGCAAUCGAUACGAAGACGGCAAAGAAGCCUUUGAUCGUGAUGUCGACUUUAUCAUUGCCCGUCCUGGUCGUGAUCCCAUGAUUAACGCUGGUGUCUUCCUUAUGCGAAACACGCCCUGGAGCAUGCAGUUCUUGAGACGCGUGCAAGGUGUGACGGAAUGGUUCAAUAAGGGCCCAUCCUACGAACAAGGUGCCAUGUGGCAGAUGAUGCAAGAACCCGAUAUCAAGGCCCGUACCUUUUUACUUGACCGCGAUGAUCACACCUUCAACACUUUCCCGCGUGUGUAUCAGCCUGGAGAUUUUGUUGUCCAUUUUGCCCCCGACAAAUGUCCCAAUGAUGCCACACUCAAGGGCUUGGCUGCUGCCCAAAAGAUUCUAGACGGCGAAACAGUGACCUCUUUGGAUGAAGAGUAG